AUGAAUGCACUUAAACAAAAGAUAGUUUUCAAUGAAAUAUUAAAUGAAUCAAGAAAUACAUUUCGAAAUCAAUCAAUAACUUCUAUUGAAGACUUAUCAAAUGAAAUUUUUUAUGAAGUAUUUGAUUAUUUCGAUGGUGGUGAAAUAGUUAAAACAUUUUCUAAACUUAAUUUUCGUUUUGAACAACUUCUUUAUUCUUCAUCAAUUUUAAUUAAAAUACAUGUUUUUUUAUUUUAUUAUGAAGAAAUGAUAAAUAAAGAUCAUGAAUUAGAAAUAUUCUCAAAUAAAUUAUGUUCAAAUUUGAAAAUCUUAUUUAUUAAUUGUUCAGAAAAUAUUAUUUUUCUUGAUGCUCAUCGAUGGGAACAAUUUAUUUUACAUUAUUAUCCUCAAUUAGAAAGAUUCUAUUUCACAUAUUAUGAUUGUAUUGAUAAUGAUAAACAAUAUGAAAUAUAUUCUGAACGAAUAAAUAAAUUUUUUUCAACAUUUUGGAUUGAACGAAAAUGGAUAUUUCAUCUCAAAAUUGAUAAUACAGAUAUCAAAUAUAUCAUUUAUCCAUACAAAAAAACCUGGUAUGAUUAUAUAGAUAAUAAGAAUAUUGAAUAUUCAACAUCAACUAGUUUAAUAUUGACUAAUUCUAUUUCUUUAUAUGAUGACAUUAUAUUCGAACAAAUGAAACGUAUUAUAAGUAUAAAACAAAUUUAUCAUUUAAAUAUUGAAAAAUCUAUCUUCCUUGGUAUGUUAAUUAAAUUGGUAAAUCAAUUGCCAUUUCUAAUAACAUUAAAACUUAAUUCAUUAUCAUACAAGGAAAAAAUAAAUUUAAGUUCUAUAGACUUUUACCGUAUUGUUGCAAUCAAUAAUCCAAUUAAAAUUACGAAAGUUUAUAUUAAACAAAUCAAUGUUAUUCACGAUUUUUAUAAUAUCUCAAAAGUUUGUCCUCGUAUGGCAUAUUUUGAAACGAAAUAUAUAAAUAAGAUAGAUAUUCAAUGGUUUUUACGAACAAUCCUCAACAAAAUUGAUAAUAGUAGUGAUUGUCUUCGUUCUUUAAUUUUUGAUGUUCCAACAACGGAUGAUGAAAUCAUUAAAAAUUUCGAUAAGAUAAUUCGUUCAGAAAAAUUAUUGUUCAAUUAUAUAAUCAAACGUGUGUAUAAAAAGAUACAUUUACAACGGAAAUAA